UUAUCAUUUCGUGAGUACAUUUCUCAUUUCUCAAUUCUAAAACCCUAAGCUUCGCCGACUGCUCCGAUCGUGAUCCUUCCUAAACCCUAGCAUCGUCAUCGGCGAUUUAGAGCUGAGCAAAGCUCUAAAGAAAUGAGUUUCAACAAAGUGCCCAACGUCCCUGGAUCUCCUGCUCUCUCUGCCCUUCUCAAGCUCGGCGCUAUUGGUGGGCUCGGUGUCUAUGCCGUUACUAAUAGCCUCUACAAUGUCGAGGGUGGACAUCGUGCUGUCAUGUUCAACCGAGUAACUGGUAUCAAGGAAAAGGUCUACCCUGAAGGCACACAUUUUAUGUUGCCAUGGUUUGAAAGGCCAAUAAUCUAUGACGUCCGUGCACGACCUUACCUAGUGGAGAGCACCACCGGUAGUCAUGACCUUCAGAUGGUGAAAAUUGGACUCAGGGUUCUCACACGUCCCAUGGGUGACCGUUUGCCUCAGAUUUACCGAACCCUCGGUGAGAAUUACAGUGAAAGGGUUCUUCCUUCCAUCAUCCAUGAAACCCUUAAAGCAGUGGUAGCUCAGUACAAUGCAAGCCAGCUCAUCACUCAGAGAGAAUCUGUUAGCAGGGAGAUACGCAAGAUUCUGACAGAGCGAGCUUCUAAUUUCGACAUUGCUCUGGAUGAUGUCUCCAUAACUACGCUCACAUUUGGCAAAGAGUUCACUGCAGCAAUAGAGGCAAAACAAGUCGCUGCUCAGGAAGCUGAACGGGCUAAGUUCAUUGUGGAGAAAGCGGAGCAAGACAAGAGAAGCGCUGUUAUCCGUGCUCAGGGAGAAGCUAAAAGUGCUCAACUUAUCGGACAAGCUAUUGCAAACAAUCAGGCAUUCAUCACUCUGAGAAAAAUUGAAGCUGCGAGAGAGAUUGCUCAGACCAUUGCACAAUCUGCUAACAGGGUGUACCUGAGCUCCAACGAUCUGUUGCUUAAUCUCCAAGAAAUGAACUUGGAGCCUAACCCUAAGAAGUAAAAGAAGGAAAUAAUCCUGGAGAUACUUUAAGUGGGACACAUUUAGACUCGGAUUGGCUUUGGUCAGUUUAUAUCAUCAUGCUGGAUCAUGGAACUGAUUGUCGAUAUUUUCUUGUGUUAUCCCGGAAAAUUGAUGAAGUUGAAUAAGAAAAUGAUUAACAUUCCUAUUCUUACGAUUAAACACAUGCUUAUAUAUAUAUAAUUCCAGAGUUUAUGUUCCACAUUAUCUAACAAAAAUAUACGAAAGUGCUACUUAUCUAA